AUGGCUAUCGAAGCUUUGGUGUCAUUGAGAAGGUUGCAGCGGUUUAUCUUGAACAACAUUGAUGUUCACGAUGUUUACACGCUUUCCGGAGAGAAGGAUACUUUGCUCUAUGUAAAGGAGGGCAAUUUCUUCUGGCGAGGUUCUAAACAGGCGAUCACUGAUGUAUCUUUCAAUGGCAAACGGGGGAAGAUUAUUGGCAUAUCUGGCGAUGUUGGAAGUGGAAAAUCAACGUUGCUUCUGGGACUUCUUGGUGAAACAAAGUCGUUAACGGAAUGCAUUGGAAUUACACAAGAUAGUGUUUCGAACGGAAUCGGUUACGUUGGUCAGGAAAGGUGGCUGUAUCGAGGCUCCAUUCGUGAAAAUAUAACGGCUGGCAAGGAUUUUGACCCUAAACUGUACGAUACUGUUUUGAAAAUUACUUGUCUUCAACGUGAUAUCAAUCUAAUGCCAGGAGGAGACCUUUAUGAAAUCUCUGACAAUGGAGCGACUUUGAGUGGUGGGCAACGAACUCGAGUGGCUUUAGCUAGAGCGCUUUAUCAGGACAAUUCAAUGUAUCUGCUUGAUGAACCACUGGCGUCACUUGAUCGAGGAGUAGCAGAUUCCAUUUGGGUGGAGGCGAUCGAAAAGCGCCUCAGAGAUCGGGGACGUCUCGUCAUAGUAGCGACCCAUGAUAGAAGAGUUUUGGCCAGAACAGAUGAGGUCAUCGUGUUGGGAACAGACGGGAAGGAACCCCCUCCGAAGUCAUUGGUAGUGACGUUGAAGUAUUUGGAGAAGACGAAAACGAUAACGGCCUCGGUUCGGAAGAGCUCGAACGCAUCGUACUCCAGGAAGAAGAGAGGCAGCGUGCUUACCGACAGUCAGCAGGAUCGUUCCGUUCACUUCCUCAUCAUCUAUGGUGCGAUAGCAACGGCGAAUACGAUAUUUACUCUGAUACGAGCAUUUUUGUUCGCUUACGGAGGCAUCAGAGCUGCGAAACAUCUUCAUUCGAAUCUGCUUCAUAGACUGCUGAAGGUCUGGUUUACUGCAGUUUUUGCUGUACAAUUUUCAAUCCAAGAUUUUGCCCCUCAGGCGUCAUCGUCGUGGUGGGACCGCACCCCGUCAGGACGUGUUAUCAACCGUAUUUGCUCCGAUAUAUACACUUGCGAUGACAAUUUGCCAUUCCAG